AUGACAACAUUCUCAAGAAACUUUGUUUUCUUCUUCUUCUUUCUCUUAGCGUUCUUCUUUCUCUCAGCGUCUUCGCAGACCAACGCCUUCAACCGCACAAUUACCACCGCCUUCAACCGCACAAUCACCACCACCUUCAACCACACAGUCAACUGUUUUGAUUGUGUGGACGAUGAUUGCUCGACAAGUUCUGAGUUGCCCAAGCGUGUCCAUGAUGAGAUGAUGUUUGAUUUUCUUUACUCUCCAAAAAAUGAAGAUUUCUUGGAUCUUGAUGAACUGGAUAUCUCCCAGUCCCAAUCAAUUGAUGAUGACAAGCGAGUUCAUGGUGGGAUGUUGUUCCCUUUUCUAGAAGGGAAAGACCUUCAAUCUACAGAGAACCCAAUGGUGGAGGAGGAUGGUCUGCUUUCCAAGAACAGAAAGCUGGACGGAUUUUUGGGACGGGAAUGUAAUUCUGCUUCAUCAACAAUAGAUCAUAAGUCCAGUGGUGAACAGCAGUUAGUGAUGGAGAAUGUAAAAUCAAACCAAUCAAAAGCUGCAAGGGCAAAUUCUCAUGAUGAGUGUGCAAAAGAUGAGAUGAUGAACAUAAAUGAGAACUCAAAGGAGGAGGAUGUUGAGCACAACCACCCUAAGGUUUCCCUAUGUGAUGCUGCUGCUGCUGCUGCUAUUCUUUCAGAGGUUGAUAUUCAGGAUGAAAAUGCUGGUGGUGAUUUUACAACUGUCUCCCUUGCUUCAAGUUCAUGUUUAUCCAAACAAGGAGACAAGGAUUUUGCUACGUGGCCACAUAGGAAUGUUGAAGACCAAAUCUCCAUCUCCCAGUCCCAAUCAGAUGACAUUAUUCAGAGCCGAGUUGAUGAUGAGAUGUUGUUUGGUUUUCUAAAAAGGAAAAAUUCAUUGCAUGAGCUUCAAGCUAUAGAGCCAACAUUUACUGAAGUGGAACACGAACAAUCUGGACCUACUUGGAUCAAAAGUGCAGCUUCUGAAUCUGAUCAAACACGCAUUGAUGGUGGAGUAGAGUUUGAAACUCUGGAAUUGCCAAUCGACUGCAAAUCUGCUAGAGGUUCAAGUCAACAAACUAGCGGGAUAAACAAGUCCUUAGAACUGGGCAUCUCUGCUUCUUACAAUCCAAAAGAAGGAAUGGAAGUCAAUGGGAAGGAUGAUGAUUUGAAGACACCACUUCUGAAUCCCUCUGAUGCUGUUGCAGUUGAUAGUAAAUCAGUCCAUAGUGUCAAUCAAGGGAUUAAAACCAUUACAUUCAAAAUAGGUGGAAUAGAAUAUGCAUCAUGCUCAUCAUCCAAUGAGUCUUUACUUCUGGAUCUCAAUGGUGUGUCACCACUUCAAGGCCAGGGUGUAGUUCCAGAACUUGUUGAUGUAAAAGCAAUCAAAGAAACUAUUGAAGAUGCAGGCUUUGAAGUAAAUUCUAAAAAGAUGUUGGAUCCUGUCACCAUGUGCCCUAGGGAAUCAGAUGGUUUAGCCUUAAACCAAUCUUCUGAGUGCUGUAUUCUUGUUAAACCUAAGCAACUGAAGUUUGAUGAAAUGGAUGGAUGCGAUUCAAAUAAAGUUACUAGUCUGCUUUCCAGGAUUAGAGAACUGUUGGGCAAUCCCUCAAUGAAUAUGGAUUCUGCUUCAUUAAAAGAUGAUAAAACCAGUGAGCAGCAGUCAAUCCAGAUCCAGUUGAAGUCUGCAAUGAUACGUUCUCAUGAGGAUUUUGAUGCGUGUACAAGUACAGAGACAAAACCUAAGCAACUGAAGUUUGAUGAAAUGGAUGGAUGCGAUUCAAAUAAAGUUACUAGUCUGCUUUCCAGGAUUAGAGAACUGUUGGGCAAUCCCUCAAUGAAUAUGGAUUCUGCUUCAUUAAAAGAUGAUAAAUCCAGUGAGCAGCAGUCAAUCCAGAUCCAGUUGAAGUCUGCAAUGAUACGUUCUCAUGAGGAUUUUGAUGCGUGUACAAGUACAGAGACAAUGAAUAUCGAUUUGGACUUGGAUCUGAAUCCAUUGGUGGAGGAGAGUCUGCUUCCCAAGAACAGAAUGGUGGAGGAUGUUGAGCACAACCCUAUGGUUUCCCUGCAUGAUGAUGCUGCUGUUUACUGUGAGCCAGCAUUUACUGAAGUGGAAAGUGAGGCUUCUGAAUAUGAUGAUGUUGGUUUUACUGUGGUUGACUAUGAUGAAACUGUUACACCAGUUUCCAAGUGUUCAUCUACUCAACAUCAAGUUGAAGACUUUUAUUAUGAGGAUAUGGAUAUUUCAACUAGCGCUGAUUAUGAGGAUAUGGAUAUUUCAACUAGCGCUGAUUAUGAUUCGGUGACCAUAGCGGAUUAUUCUUAUCCAACACAGCAGCAAACUGACGAUUCGCUUCCCUUUAAUUGGCAAACAAAGCAUUUUUGUUCAUCUCCUGUUGAUUUGGGAAAUCUCUGGGACAGGUCAACAUCGACUUCAGAGGGGGAUUUAACACCAAACAUCACAUCAUUUGUUCCACAUCCACAAAAACAAGCAGCUGCAGUUUGGCCAGGUAGGAGAGGAGACAUUAAAGUGAAGGCCGAGGCGCAAAAAAAAAAGCAGGAGGAAAUGGUUCCAAGAGGCGUCUCUCUGAAGAUGGAACAUCCACAAAAAGAAAAUCAUGUAAUGGUCAAUUUCGAAUUGUUUGGAUUUUUUUUUAAAUUUGUGAUGAAAUGGCUUGCCCUCCUUUGCAACAAGUUGGCAGAUGGUUAUAUAAUUUGGAGGACCCCAACCGGAUUAAUCAACCUCCGGGCCCGUUUGUCCACCUGGCUGAUCACUCCUCCCGUAUGGACACUAGGCCAUGAAAGCUGCAUAAAAAAAGUAGCAGUGUACAAACAUGGAAGAAGGAGGGGAGGUCUAGGGUUGGAUUCAAAUGAAAAUUUUUGUUUCUUAUGCAGACAUACAUAG